AUGGGAACAUUAAAUUUACGACUGUCGUAUCAUGACAUGCGCAUGUUCGCUGCGAUGCUGCAAUCACUGCCGGCUCAAGUUAGAGCAGCGCUUUCCGGUAAAUCUGAAGAAGAAAUAGUUGCGGACGCACCAGCUAACAGCGUGCAUAUGCGGGCGAGCGCAGCGGGUGCGGCGCGCCUGCUGGCGGCGCGAUGGGUGCGAUCGCCCGCGCCCGCCCCCGCCUCUGCCCCCUCUCCUGCGCCCGCCCAACCCUCCGCCGUGUGGCCACUGAACGCGCUGCAGGUGGAUGCGGACUGCGUUACGCUGUGCGUUAUCGACGACUGCCUGGACUCGGACGUGCCGCUCCUGGAGAUAGCCAUGUCCGAUCUGCACCUGGAUCAGGACUUAAGAAAAGCGGAGGAGUCGUACCCGGACCCGGUGCUGGUGUCGACGCCCAGCGGCGGGGCGGGAAGCGGGGUGGCGAGUUGUGCGGGCAGCGGUGCGGGCGGCGGACUGCUGCGCGCCCAGCUCAGUGUGGAUUACUACAACCGCACGCUGUCUGCCUGGGAGCCUGCGCUCGAGCCCUGGAGGUUCGAGACAAAGUGGGAGUAUACGUUGUCGGCGUCGCUGUCGCUGCGGCGCUUGCAGGUGGACGUGAACAGCUCGGAGACGCUGGACGUGAACGUGACGAGCGCAGCGCUAGAGCUGUACCGCCUCGUGCGCAGCAACUGGACAACUGACUACUGCGCGCCGCAGCUCGGCACGCAGCAAGUGGAGGCUGGGGGCGCGGCGGAGGCGUCGCCGAAGGGCAGCCCGGCAGGGCAGCGGCGGCGUGCGCCCUUCGUGCCGUACGCGCUGCGCAACGACACGGGCCAGCGCCUCUGGUUCACCACGCUGCCUACCACUUCCGACCAACUGCUGGAGCUGGAGUGGGAGUGCGGAGGCGCGGGUAGUGCCGAGUGCGUGGUGGGCGGGGAGAGCGUGGCGGGUGCGGGGGCUGCGCCCGACGACUCGUGGGUGUGCGUGCGCGCCGGCGACACGGAGCCGUUCUCGUUCGGGCAGCGUCGAGGACGCGCUCGUUCUGCACCGCACCGUUUGGCGCUGCGCCUGGAUGCCUGGACACCACCAGAUCCGCUACGCGUUGAUCGCGUCGGCGUCUUCUUCCGAACCGUCACGCACCAGGAAGCCGAUACCAAUAUAAUGGCAAUAUUGUUGCAGAAGAGCGGCGCAGAGGCGCGGCUGGUGCUGGAGGUGUCAUUGGAGGGCUCUGCGCGCAAGCUGGUGGCGGUGCGCUCAGCGCUGCAGCUGCUCAACCGCCUGCCGCACGCCGUCGAGGUGCGCCUCGGAACGAGGCCGUACCACUCCCCGCACAUACGCACGCACCCAAGCUGGUGGCGGUGCACUCGGCGCUGCAGCUGCUCAACCGCCUGCCGCACGCCGUCGAGGUGCGCCUGCACAGCGCACCGGCGUCAGGUACCACUCCCCGCACAUACGCACGCACCCAAGCUGGUGGCGGUGCACUCGGCGCUGCAGCUGCUCAACCGCCUGCCGCACGCCGUCGAGGUGCGCCUGCACAGCGCACCGGCGCCAGGUACCACUCCCCGCACAUACGCACGCACCCAAGCUGGUGGCGGUGCACUCGGCGCUGCAGCUGCUCAACCGCCUGCCGCACGCCGUCGAGGUGCGCCUGCACAGCGCACCGGCGUCAGGUACCACUCCCCGCACAUACGCACGCACCCAAGCUGGUGGCGGUGCACUCGGCGCUGCAGCUGCUCAACCGCCUGCCGCACGCCGUCGAGGUGCGCCUGCACAGCGCACCGGCGCCAGGUACCACUCCCCGCACAUACGCACGCACCCAAGCUGGUGGCGGUGCACUCGGCGCUGCAGCUGCUCAACCGCCUGCCGCACGCCGUCGAGGUGCGCCUGCACAGCGCACCGGCGCCAGGUACCACUCCCCGCACAUACGCACGCACCCAAGCUGGUGGCGGUGCGCUCGGCGCUGCAGCUGCUCAACCGCCUGCCGCACGCUGUCGAGGUGCGCCUGCACAGCGCACCGGCGUCAGGUACCACUCCCCGCACGUACGCACGCACCCAAGCUGGUGGCGGUGCGCUCGGCGCUGCAGCUGCUCAACCGCCUGCCGCACGCUGUCGAGGUGCGCCUGCACAGCGCACCGGCGCCAGGUACCACUCCCCGCACAUACGCACGCACCCAAGCUGGUGGCGGUGCACUCGGCGCUGCAGCUGCUCAACCGCCUGCCGCACGCCGUCGAGGUGCGCCUGCACAGCGCACCGGCGCCAGGUACCACUCCCCGCACAUACGCACGCACCCAAGCUGGUGGCGGUGCACUCGGCGCUGCAGCUGCUCAACCGCCUGCCGCACGCCGUCGAGGUGCGCCUGCACAGCGCACCGGCGCCAGGUACCACUCCCCGCACAUACGCACGCACCCAAGCUGGUGGCGGUGCACUCGGCGCUGCAGCUGCUCAACCGCCUGCCGCACGCCGUCGAGGUGCGCCUGCACAGCGCACCGGCGCCAGGUACCACUCCCCGCACAUACGCACGCACCCAAGCUGGUGGCGGUGCACUCGGCGCUGCAGCUGCUCAACCGCCUGCCGCACGCCGUCGAGGUGCGCCUGCACAGCGCACCGGCGCCAGGUACCACUCCCCGCACAUACGCACGCACCCAAGCUGGUGGCGGUGCACUCGGCGCUGCAGCUGCUCAACCGCCUGCCGCACGCCGUCGAGGUGCGCCUGCACAGCGCACCGGCGCCAGGUACCACUCCCCGCACGUCCGCCCGCACCCAAGCUGGUGGCGGUGCACUCGGCGCUGCAGCUGCUCAACCGCCUGCCGCACGCUGUCGAGGUGCGCCUGCACAGCGCACCGGCGCCAGGUACCACUCCCCGCACUGUCGUGGGGAAGCGCAGGUGUAGCGGUGGGCGCGAGCGGGAGUCGGGGCGAGGUGGUGGCGGCGGGUGGGCGCUGGGCCGCACCGCUGUGCGCGCGGCCCGGCGCGCUGGCCGUGCGCCCGCUGCUGCCGCGAGCUACGCGCCCGCCUGCCCAGCCGUCCGCCCUGCCGCCCGCACUACCGCCAGCCCUGCUGCACUGGCGCGAUGCGUCUGCAGACCGCGCGCUGCUGCACCGCGAGCGUCGCGCGCCACCCGACCACGUCUACAGGUUUUGCUGCGUGAUAGUGCGGGAGCGGUUCCCGGUGGAGCGCGGGGAGCCGCUCGCCGGGCACACGUUGACGCUGGUGCCGGCGCUGCGUCUGGAGAACCUGCUGCCGCUGGAGCUGCAGUACCGCGCCGGGGACGUGUGCGGCACGCUGGCCCCAGCAGACACCAGGCCCUUCCAUGAGGUAAACGCGGAGGAGGGCGUGGAGCUGAGCGUGAAGUUGGAAGGGUUCGGGUGGUCAACGUCGCUGAGCGUGGGCGGGAUGGGCGCGGCGGCGGGUGGAGGGGCGGGAAGCGGCGCUUCCUUCAGCGCACGCCUCAAGCUGCGUGACCUACGAGGCAGAAGGCUCUACCUUAAUGCGCGCGUCAGCGUCAACAAAGCUGAUGGUAUCAAGGUGUCGGUCUCUGCUGCGUACUGGCUGGUGAACCGUACGGGACUGCCUCUGGUGUUCCGCGCUGAAGGCGGUGGUGAGGCGGCUGGCCAGUGGCCCGAGCACGAGCUGGCGCGCAUGGUGGCGCCGCUGCUCUUCAGCUUCGCGGACGCGGACGCGGGGCCCACCAUCUCCGCUAGACUCGGCACCGGCAUCGCGCCCAACCCGGAGUGGUGCUCUCCGUUCGGUCUGGGGCCGGGCAUCACAGUGAAGCGGCUGGAGGCGGGCGCGGGUGUGGCCGCGGGGGCGGAGCGCUCGUUCGCGGUGGGCGUGGCCGUGCGCGCCGGCCGCGGUCGCUACCACCGCACCAACAUCGUCACGCUCACACCGCGCUACCAGCUGCACAACAACACCUCGCGCCACCUGCAGUUCGCGCAGAAGUGCACUGCCACUACGCUCAGUGAUCCUGGGGCGAGCGCGACGCACGUGAGCGCGGUGGCGGGCUGCCAUCUGCCGUGGCACUGGGCGCGUCGCGAGCGCGACCAGCUGCUGUGCGUGCGCGUGCUGCCAUCCGCUGCCACUGGCCCUGCUAACAGCGACGCCGCCACCGCCUGGUCCGGCGGCUUCCGCAUCGACAAACCGCGCAGCUUACACAUCGCCUGCAGGGAGAGUGGGGGUUCUUACGUGCUGCUGAGGGCAGAGGUGGUGACUCAAGGCGCUACGCUGCUGGUGGUGCUUACGGACGCGGCCUGCGCGCCACCGCCGCUGCGCAUCGACAACCACUCGCCCGUCGCCGUCAUGUUCCACCAGGUACGUGCUGGUGUGCCUGUUGGUACUGGUGGUGACGUAGUGUUUAUGUGCCAAAUAGUUCCUUUGUUUUGA